AUACAAUUCGAUCCAUCUCUGGGACUCAGAAACUUUUCAUUUUGUUUGGCGUUUUGUCUCCCACCUCUACCGGUUUAUCGCAAGUUUCUCACUGAAACAUUGCCUUUGUGUAUAUAGUUGAAUUAUUAGAAGUAGCUAUGAGUAACUUGGGCAUCUGUAUAAAAGAAGAAAUUGCUAAUGAAACUGAAUCUACCGGUAUGAGUAACUUAAAUAUAUCUAUUAAAGAAGAAACUACUGAUGAAACUGAGCCUACUGGUGAGAGUAACUUAGAUAUGUUUAUAAAAGAAGAACCUGCUGAUGAAACUGAGCCUAAUGGAAUGAGCAACUUAGGUAUCUCUAUUAAAGAAGAAAAUAUUGAUGAAACUGAGCUUACUGGUGACUUUAUUUAUACAAAACAAGAAGAAGAACUAAUUGUACCUGAUUAUGGUGGACCAGUUGGUGUGAAACAAGAAGAAGAAUUACACGUUCCUGAGGAUGGUGCUAAAAACUCCCUAAACAAGAUAUAUCAGCUGCAAGAAAAGGCGGAUUUUAAAAUUCCUGCAAUAUCUCUUAUUGAUAACAAAACUUAUAAAUGUUUUCAUUGUGAAUUUAAAACGAAAAAGAAAAUUGAUUUGAAAAUUCACAUUAAAUCUCAACAUAAGAAACGAAAACUAACGCAUAUAGUGACCCUUCGCACUGGUGCUAAAAACUCCCUAAACAAGAUAUAUCAGCUGCAAGAAAAGGCGGAUUUUAAAAUUCCUGCAAUAUCUCUUAUUGAUAACAAAACUUAUAAAUGUUUUCAUUGUGAAUUUAAAGCGAAAAAGAAAAUUGAUUUGAAAAUUCACAUUAAAUCUCAACAUAAGAAACCAAAACUAACACAUAUAGUGACACUUCGCACUGGUGAGAAGCCUCAACAUUGUCCUCAUUGUGAAUAUAAAACUGUUAUGAAAAGUUAUUUAAAACAACAUAUAAUGGCCCGUCAUACAGAUCACAAGCCUCAACAUUGUCCUCAUUGUAACUACACAGCAAUAACGAAAUAUUAUGUAAAAUUACAUAUAAUGGCCCGUCAUACAGAUCAGAAGCCUCAUCAUUGCUCUCAUUGUGAAUUUAAAACAGUAUACAAAUCUUGUUUAAAAUCACACAUAAUGGCCCGUCAUACAGAUCAAAAGCCUUAUCAUUGUCCUCAUUGUGCACAUAAAACGGUAAAUAAAUCUAGUUUAAAAUCACACAUAAUGGCCCGUCAUACACAUGAGAAGUCUCAUCAUUGUCCUCAUUGUGAAUAUAAAACAUUAACAAACUAUGAUUUAAAAAUACAUGUAAUGGCCCGUCAUUCAGGUGAGAAACCUUUCCAUUGCCAUCAUUGUAAAUAUAAAGCACUAUUAAAACGUCUUUUAAAAUCACACAUAAUGGCCCAUCAUACAGAUCAGAAGCCUUAUCAUUGUCCUCAUUGUGCACAUAAAACGGUAAAUAAAUCUAGUUUAAAAUCACACAUAAUGGCCCGUCAUACAGAUCAGAAGCCCUAUCAUUGUCCUCAUUGCAAUGGAUAUAGUGCAGUAACAAAACAAAUUUUAAAAUCACACAUAAUGGCUCGUCAUACAGAUGAGAAACCUCAUCAUUGCCCUCAUUGUGAAUAUAAAGCAGUUCUAAAAACUAAUUUACAGUUACACAUAAUGUCUCGUCAUACAGAUGAGAAACGUCAUCAGUGUCCUCAUUGUGAAUAUAAAACAAUACGAAAAAAUAAUUUACAGUCACACAUAAUGUCUUUUCAUACAGAUGAGAAGCCCUAUCAUUGUCCUCAUUGCAAUGAAUAUAGUGCAGUAACAAAAUACAUUUUAAAAUCACACAUAAUGGCUCGUCAUACAGAUGAGAAACCUCAUCAUUGCCCUCAUUGUGAAUAUAAAACAGUAAAAAAAUGUAGUUUACAAUCACAUAUAAGCUCUCGUCAUACAGAUGAAAAACCUCAUCAGUGUCCUCAUUGUGAAUAUAAAACAGUACAUAAAAGAAGUUUAAAAUCACACAUAAUGACUCGUCAUACAGAUGAGAAACCUCAUCAUUGCCCUCAUUGUGAAUAUAAAACAGUUCAAAAAAUUAAUUUACAAUCACAUAUAAUCUCUCGUCAUACAGAUGAAAAACCUCAUCAGUGUCCUCAUUGUGAAUUUAAAACAGUACAUAAAAGUAGUUUAAAAUCACACAUAAUUUCUCGUCAUAACAGAUGAGAAGCCUCAUUCUUGCCCUGUAAUUAUAAAACAGUAACAAAAAAUACCCUAAAAUAUCACAUAAUGGUCCGACAUUCAGAUAAGAAGCCUUAUGGUUGUUCUUAUUGCGAAUAUAAAAUAUUAACAAAGUGUGAUUUAAAAAUUCAUAUAAUGGCCCAAUUAUAUGAAAUCUUUUCAUUUUGAAUAUGAAGCAGUAACCAGAAGAAAUUUAAAAUCACAUGUAAUUGUUUUUCAUACAGAUGAGAAGCCACUUUAUUGUGGCUAUAAAAUAUCAAUAUUAGAAUUUUUGAAAAGGCAUGUAAUGUUCAAUUAUAAACAUGAUAAGCUUCAAAAAUAUCUUCAUUGCAACUAUAAAACAUUUACAAUAGGCAAUUUAAAAUGGCAUAUAAUGCACCAUCAUAGUGAUAAGAAGUCUAAUUGAAUUUAUAACCGCUACAAUUAGUUCAAACAGCCAUACGAAGUUCCUGUUGAAUAGAAGAUAAUCAUAACUAGUGUGAAUGCAUUAUGUUUAAUUUGUAGAAUAUUUUUGUGAUAUGUUGUAUUUAUAAAAUUGCUUGCUAUGUAACUAUGAAAAAACAAAUUUUAUUCUAAGACCAUGUUUGUCCCUUAAUAAUGUGUAUAUAUAUAGAAUUUUUAUUGAAGAAAAAUAAUACAAUCUGCCACAAUCUAGGGCAUUGAGUAUUGUGGCUCUAUGUUUACAUUUUAAAUACAAUUUAAAAUAUAAAUUGAGAACAAAAAUAAAAUAAGAUCAUAUAUGUAAGUAAAUAUAUAUAUAUAUUAAAAUAAAAGAAAAAAAACUUGUAAAAAGGAAGAAAAAAAAACAUUAAAAGAAUAGUUAAAAAAGAAAAAAAAAUACUUGAUUCACAUUUAUUCCUAUGCCCAAGAUAUACAUUCAACCUAGGCAACUCUGAACCAUGCCAUGCCGCCCUCACGUGAAAGGCAAGGCAGGGCUCAAGCAGAUCCCAGCGCUUCUCUACCAGCCUCAUUACUAUUUAAAAGCCAGUAGAGACUGAGUAAGAGCGCUAAAUCCAUCCUUAAGAAUUAGAGGGACAGAAAGUAUAUCGGAACAAAAGUUCUAUUUAAGUAAAAAAACAAAAAAUACAUAUUAUUUAUCAUAAAUACAUAUUAUUUUAAAUGUCUAAUAAGUACAGUGCAGAGCAGAGGCUUGGUCCCUACCAAUGUGGAUUUAGACAGGGAAGAUCUACGACAGACCAAAUAUUCUGCCUCUGAACAAUCCUAGAGAGAGGAAACGAACAUCAGAUUAAAACCCACCAUGUUUUCGUUGACUUUAAGGCAGCUUACGAUAACAUUAAUCGGGAAGAACUGUACAAGGCACUAGAAGGUUUCAAUAUCCCAGAUAAGCUAAUAUGACUGGAGAAGCUGACCAAGAAGGAUGUAAAGUGCACUGUGCAGGUUGGUGGUCUAAGGACAGAAGAGUUCUCCUCAACGAAAGGACUUCGUCAAGGUGAUGCGUUCGCAUGCCUUCUGUUUAAAUUGGCACUUGAGAGGACAGUUAGGGAUUCUGAUCUGCAAGCUGAUGGGACGAUUUACAACCGGAUGCUUCAGCUAUUAGCCUAUGCGGAUGAUGUGGAUAUCGUGGGGUGGUCGUUGCAAUCUGUCAGAGAGGGAUUUUUAGCUUUGUUGGAGGCCGCCAGAGCACUUGGGUUAGAAGUGAAUGAAGGCAAAACUAAAUAUAUGGCCACAGGAGAAGUUCCUCGACCAGGCGAGACCUUCAAUAUUGGCCCCUUUAAUUUUGAGAAAGUAGCGCAGUUUAAGUAUUUGGGGUCACUGAGAGGACACAAGACAAUGCACCCGAGUUCGAGGUCUAGAAAAGAAUAUUUAUGGCUAACCAAUGUUACUUUGCCCUUUCCAAGGAAUUCACCUCUCGCCUUUUAUCCCGGCAUCACAAGCUACAUCUCUAUAACACACUAAUCCGUCCAGUCCUGCUCUAUGCUUCAGAAACAUGGACGACGACUAAAAAAAUUGAGAAAGACCUCCUAAUCUUUGAGAGAAAAAUUAUUCGAAGAAUAUUUGGAGGAGUGCAGAAAGAUGAAAAUUGGAGAAGACGGAAAAUGCCGAGAUUUGCUCAACUUUUAAUGAUCAGGAUGUCGUUCUGAGGAUGAAGCUCGGAAGAUCGAGAUGGGCUGGUCAUGUAGUAAGGAUGGAGAAUGAAGCAAUCCCUAGAGGAUGAUCCUGAUAGAACCUUUCUACGGCACAAGAAGAAGAGGGAGACCAAAGCUAAGAUGGUUAGAUGGUGCUGCAAGAGAUUCAAGGAUGUCCUGGGAGUCAGGAGCUGGAUAAUGGCCGCACAGAACAGAGAUGACUGGAGGAAGCUGGUGGAAGAGGACAAGACUCGUCACCGAGUUGUAGUAGUUGUAGUUGCAGUGAUAAUAAUAAUAAUAACUACAGUAGCGGAGGUAUAAAUCUUCCCCGUGAAGUAAUGGUAGAGCUGGCCUGAGGCAGUCCCUCCAUCAGGCACAGUAGAACCAUAACUUACUCGCCCGAAACUUAUUUUAUGAAACGGACUUCUUCUUCUUCUGUCAACUCACACUGCUCAGCGGUAGAAGAGGAAACGAUUAAGAAGAAGAGCUUUAUCGGAAGAAUAUAAGAUUCAUAAUUGGUCCGGUUAAAUUUUCUUAUUUGUCUUUUCAGUUCAUAAGACUUAUCGGUGUAUACGACGAGAACCUAUUUGUCUGCCAAUAUUUUCGGGCUCUUCUCUUUAUUCUGAUCAUAUACCUCAUGCAUUGUGGGUAGCAAGGCAGGUACACCGCUUCUUUGAUAGUGGAUUCUGAUGAAGACCAAGAAGCAGCAUUCUGUUUUGAUUUUGUUAAUGUAUCUACGGCUAUUUCGAGUUCUUCAGUUGUGAGUGAUAACCGAAUUGAUAGAUUGGAUUGAAGAUACAUUCGGUAAAGAUCCCAGUCCAUGUAUCUUAUGAGCGAAGGUGUUUUUUUCUGCUGCUGAAGACUCGUCAUGAAGAACUAGGUGUACCAAGGAAUGAUCAGAGCUCGGCGCUCGAUUCUACGGGUGAGGAAUUGUAUGAAGUUAUUUUGUUACAAAAAAGUCGAAUAAGACGGGAGUUUAAUGUACAGAGUUUGGCCAGUCAGAGUAUCUGGGUAAAUUGUGUCUAAUGAAAGAUCUUGGAAGGGACGCGAUAUAGAUUUCUACCUCUUGGGAUGAAGAGUCUUCAACUCCACCUGUGGUCCUUGGCGUUGAAAUCACCUCCAGGGAUAGUGCAUCUUCUUAAGAGAAUGAAAACAUUGCAGCUGUGAUAAUGUACUUUGGAGGGCAAUACAUAUUAGCAAAAGUGAUAGGGUGGUGAUGUUUUGUGUAAAGUGUUAUGUCUGGGGCCUAUUUCAUAAUAAAGUUAAUAGUCUUAGUAAAAAGUACAAGUGUACAAAAUUAAGAAGUACAAGUACUAAUAAUUUUUAUUUUAUGGAUUGAUAAGAAAUAAAAUCAAAUCAAUAAGCGGCUAGGUUAUUUUUAG